ACAAGUGAACAUAUUUUUACUGGGAGUGGUCACUGCCAUCUCGAUCUUAUACAAAUUUGUAAAUAAUUACCCUUAAAAUGCGUAUAUCAACGUUCGGUGUUCUCCUUAACAUUCUUCAUAUUACAUAUGGCGCUAUAGAGAUAAAAAUUUACGAAGCAAAUCCCGACACAAGAAGACUGUACGAUGACUUAUUGUCAAAUUAUAACAGACUCAUACGCCCUGUCAUCAACAAUACCGAAACUUUAACAGUUUGGCUAGGCUUAAAGCUAUCGCAAUUAAUCGAAAUGAAUUUAAAGAAUCAAGUGAUGACGACCAACGUUUGGGUAGAACAGAAAUGGUUCGAUUAUAAACUACGAUGGGAUCCAGAAGAAUACGGUGGCGUAGAAAUGCUAUACGUGCCUUCCGAAAAUAUUUGGUUACCAGAUAUUGUCCUGUAUAAUAAUGCCGAUGGCAACUACGAAGUAACACUUAUGACAAAAGCGACGUUAAAGUAUACCGGUGAGGUAUCUUGGAAACCGCCCGCGAUUUAUAAAUCAUCCUGUGAGAUAAACGUGGAAUACUUUCCAUUUGACGAACAGUCGUGUGUUAUGAAAUUUGGCUCAUGGACAUAUAACGGCGCUCAGGUGGAUCUAAAACAUAUGAAACAAGAACCUGGUAGCAAUUUGGUUGCAAUAGGAAUAGAUUUAAGCGAUUUCUACUUAUCGGUAGAAUGGGACAUUUUAGAAGUACCAGCAUCAAGAAAUGAAGAGUAUUACCCAUGUUGCACAGAACCCUAUUCUGAUAUCACAUUUAACAUUACAAUGCGAAGAAAGACCUUAUUCUAUACAGUCAACUUAAUAAUUCCUUGCGUGGGUAUAACGUUCCUUACGGUACUUGUAUUUUACCUACCAAGUGAUUCGGGUGAAAAAGUAUCAUUAUGUUCUUCCAUUCUUCUCUCUUUGACAGUGUUCUUUUUAUUAUUAGCUGAAAUCAUACCACCAACAUCACUGGCUAUUCCACUUUUAGGAAAAUACUUACUAUUUACUAUGAUCUUAGUCACUUUGUCGAUAUGGACUACUGUAUGCGUUUUAAAUGUUCAUUUUCGGUCUCCAUCUACUCAUAAUAUGUCACCAUGGGUUAGACAAGUAUUUUUAAACUGGAUGCCGCGGAUUCUAAUGAUGCGUCGAACACCGUAUUCAACUCCAGAAUACGACGAUACAUAUAUGGAUAGCGGAUAUACUAAUGAAAUAGAUUUUAGCGUUAGCGAUUAUCCCCUGGAAUUGAAAGGAAGUCCAGACGGAUUUGAAAGUGUCACCUCUCAGUAUAAAAAUAUACGAGAAGACGAUGCCCGACAUAUACCACACGCAUCGGUUACUGACAGCGAAAAUACAAUGCCGAGACACUUAUCGCCGGAUGUCAUAUCAGCUCUAAAGGGUGUACGUUUUAUUGCUCAACAUAUAAAAAAUGCAGAUAAAGAUAAUGAAGUUAUAGAAGAUUGGAAAUUCGUAGCUAUGGUUUUAGAUAGACUUUUUCUUUGGAUUUUUACAUUGGCAUGUACUGGAGGAACACUUGGUAUAAUAUUUCAAGCACCAAGCUUGUAUGAUACAAGAGAACCUGUGGAUCAACAACUUUCUAGGAUAUCAUUUCACAAUUAUACUUCUCCAAUUACAGACGAAGUGUUACAAGAAGAAUGAACUCUGAAUAUAAAGCA